AUGAAUUAUGAGAUUAAUGCUCUUGAACAGAACCACAUUUGGGAGAUAGUUGAUCUUCCUCCCAAUAAAAGGCCCGUGGAUUGCAAUGACUCUAAUGAAAUUGAAUCUAUUAAGGCACACUUGGAUCAUGAAUUCAGCAUUAAAAAUCUUGGGAAACUUCGUUACUUUUUAGGUCUUGAAAUAUCCCGCUCUUUUACUGGGAUUGUGGUUAAUCAAAGAAAAUAUGCUCUUGAAUUGCUGAAAGAGAAUGAUAUGCUUGCUGCCAAACCUAUAUCCACUCCUAUGGAACCUUCUACCAAAUUCAUUAGCUCUUCAGGCAAUCCUUUAUCUGAUCCACAACCAUAUCGCAGAUUAGUUGGUCAGUUGAUGUACCUUACAACCACCAGACCAGACUUAGCUUUUGUUACUCAACAACUGAGUCAAUAUGUUUCUCAGCCAAUGGAUACUCAUCAUAGUGCUGCCAUGAGAGUUCUUCGCUACAUUAAAGGUUCUCCUGCUAAAGGUCUUCACUUUCCUGCCAACUCAUCUCUAAUGCCUUCCAAUUUUGCUGAUUCUGAUUGGGGUAGUUGUAUUGAAACCCGAAAAUCUGUUACUGGGUAUUGUGUCUUUUUGGGCUCUUCCUUAAUUUGUUGGAAAACUAAGAAGCAAACAAUUGUAUCUCGUUCUUCCUCUGAAGCUGAAUAUAGGGCUCUUGCAGCUUUGAGUUGUGAACUGCAAUGGCUUCAUUUCUUGCUCACUGAUUUGCAAGUUCCUCCCACUGCUCCUAUUUCAGUUUUUUGUGAUAAUCAGUCUGCUAUAUACCUGGCUCACAAUCCAACUUUUCAUGAACGGACAAAGCAUAUAGAGAUUGACUGUCAUGUCAUUUGCAAGAAAAUUCAAAGUGGUCUUCUUCAUUUGCUGCCCAUUUCUUCUUAUGCUCAAUUGGCUGAUAUGUUCACUAAGGCUCUUCAUCCCAAAGUUUUCACACAAUGCAUAUCCAAGCUUGGACUAUUCGAUGUACAUAGUCCCCCUUGA